CAUCAAUUCACUCAUCCAACUUUCACCACCAUGGGCUCCUCUACCCCCAAAAAACAACUCAUCCUCAAUGCCUUUGCCAUGCAAUCCCCCUCGCACCUCAACCCGGGGCUGCACCGGUACCCGGCCGACCAAGGCCACCGAUACACCUCCGUGCAGCACUGGAUCCAACUGGCGCAGAAGCUGGAAGCGGCCAAAUUCCACGCCAUCUUCUUCGCCGACGUGCUGGGGGGCUACGACGUCUACAAGGGACCCGCGAACCUCACCCCGACCAUCCCGGCGGGGGCGCAAUUCCCCAUCAACGACCCCCUCUACAGCAUCCCCGCCAUGGCGGCGGCCACGCACACCAUCAGCUUCGGGGUGACCGCCUCGACGACCUACGAGGCGCCCUACGCGCUGGCGCGACGGUUCUCGACCGUGGACCACCUGACCGGGGGCCGGGUGGGGUGGAACAUCGUGACCAGCUACCUGGAGUCGGCGGCGCGGAAUUUCGGGUUGAACACGCAGAUCGAGCACGAGGAGCGCUACCGCAUCGCCCACGAAUACCUGGAUGUGGUGUACCAGCUGUGGGAGGCCUCGUGGCGCGACGGGGCGGUGCAUGCGCACGGGGAUGGGGAUGGUGUUAGGGGAUAUGCGGAUCCCACCGCCGUCCGCCAGAUCCACCAUCGGGGGAAAUACUUCACCGUGCCUGGUCCGCAUCUCUGCGAGCCGAGUCCCCAGCGCACCCCGUUCCUGUUGCAGGCGGGGACCUCCGGGGCGGGGAAGGCUUUCGCGGCCAAGCAUGCGGAGGCGAUCUUUUUGAAUGGGCAGUCGCCGGAGCUGGUGCGGCCCUCGGUGGAGAGCGUGCGGGAGCAGGCCCGCGCGUUGGGGAGGGAUCCGGCUGCGGUGAAGAUCGUGGCCGGGGUGUUGGUCAUUGUGGCGGAGACGGAGGAGAAAGCGUGGGCCAAGUUCAGGGAGUACGAACGGUAUGGGGAUCGCGAGGGGGCGUUGGCGCUCUUCGGUGGAUGGUCCGGAUAUGAUCUCUCCCAGUACGCAGAGGAUGAGGAUUUCCGGUUCGUCGAGGCCCCCGCCGUGCGCAGUAUGGUGAACCACUGGGCGAAGACAGUGCCAGGCGGGGAGGGCAAGAAGUGGAAUAAGGCGACGAUCGCGGAGUAUUUGGUCCUCGGGGGCAAUGGGGCGAAGAUCAUCGGGGAUGCGAAGACGGUGGCGGAUGAGUUGGAGCGUUGGGUCGAGGUGGCGGAUGUCGAUGGAUUUAACCUCAGUUAUGCCAGUCUGCCGGAAACCUUUGAUGAUAUUAUCGAGUUCCUGCUGCCGGAGCUGCAGCGCAGGGGGCUGUUUCAUACCGAGUACGCGGUGCCGGGGGGGACGAUGCGGGAGAAUUUCUACGGGGUCAAGGGCCAGACUAGACUGCCAGAAACGCACUAUGGCGCCCAGUACUUCUGGAAGGAGGGCGAGGAGGUUCCCCAGUAUGCGGUGCAAGGAUCGUCUGAGUCGAUUGAGUGAUGCAGUAUACGCGGUGACCAAGAAACCCUAGGAUAACUGACUUCUAACUGGAG